CUGGAAUUCCCAAAGCAACGUGAUCGAGGCCAUGAGCGGCAGCUCCAGGCAAUCGCCCUUCUUCCGUGACCUCGCGUCGCCGUUCCCGGCUCACCGGACGGCUUCCCGCUUCGCCACUCCUGGGCAAGCCGCCGCAGUUUCCGCCCUUCGUCGAGAGAAUCUCGCGGCUAUCUCCGACAUCCCGCCGCCCCCCGUCUUCACGCUUGAUGACCGCGCUGACUUCUCUCCCGAACCUGGGCUUGCCGCCGGCCCUCCGUCGCCUUCGCCCCGUACCCCACCGCCGCCUCCCAAGGUCUGGGUUGAGGAUGGGAUGGGCGGGACGGCGCAGCAGAGUCCAGGUGGGGUUCCUAGCUGGUUGUCGCCAGCAAAGGGGAAUGAGGAGAAGGGGAAGGGACGCGGUUCACCGGUAAAUGGGGUGGUGCAGUCCGGGGCGCUUGUGAUGUUGCCGCCGCCGAGGGAGGUGGUGAGGCCGGAGGCGCCGAAGAGUAGCUUGCCGACGGGUGGGCUUGAUGAAGAGGAAUGGGUCACUGUUUACGGAUUUUUUCCUGGUGACAUCAACUUGGUACUCCGUGAGUUCGAGAAAUGUGGUCUAAUCUUAAAGCAUGUCCUUGGACCAAGGGAUGCUAACUGGAUGCAUAUUUUGUAUCAGAAUCGAUAUGAUGCUCAGAAGGCUCUUCAAAAGAAUGGAAUGCAGAUAAACGGCGUUCUUAUAGUAGGGGUGAAGCCAGUGGAUCACAUGCAACGCCAAUAUCUGGAUGCCAAGAUAAACAGCAGUGGCCUUGGGGGUUUCACUGCUUCCUUGCACCCACUGUCCGCAAAUGGUCGUAGCUCUGAUGUCUUUCCUAUAGGCGGAACUUCUCGCCCAUCUUAUCUGAAAUCGAGCAUGACUGCCACUGCUGACAGUAAGCCUAAGUCGAACGGAGCAAUUGCUUCACCCGCAAAAUCAGUUGUCUCCAAAGUCAUGGACUUAAUGUUUGGUGUUUGAAUUGAAUCCACAGUUUCAGGCCUUUUAUCACCAUGUUUCGGAUUUAUAAACCUGAGAACAGAGGAGCCUGAAGUUUGAUGAGAGCUUGUUGAUUCUUUUUCCUUCUAUCAGCUAUGUAGUUGUUGUGCAAGCUUGGACACUCUGUUUCUUACAUCAAUAUGCUGUUGGAAGUAGGCUACUUUGCAGAAUCAAAUUUGGGGUGAAGUUUUUUGCAGGGUGUGUUUUGAAAGAGGAAUAAUUGAAAAAGAACAGGGAACUUGUUUUCAUAUGUUUGACUGGAUUAAAGAUAGUGAUUGGAUCGGCAGCUAUAGAAAACUAAUUGCUUUUUUUCCCUUUUUAUC